UGGGGUUCAUAGAAAGAUAAGAGGACGACAGUGAACAGUGAACAGUUCGUGGAUCGCAGAGAAACACAGAAGCAAGCAAACGAAAUUGUGGUAGAUUGAGCGCCCUGUUUCAAAAUCUGCAACUAUAAUUGAGAGCCGUUUCGAAAAUGAUCAAAUCGGCCCUUAAUCGUAACACAUUAUCUUCGUUUCAAUGGAGCCUAUUGAUCUAAUCAUAUCUCUGACAAAUAGACUAGUUGACAAGAUAGACAAAGACAAGACAUCCCAAAGUGAAAGAAAGAGAAAAUGGAGGAAGCAGCGGCGCAUCCUUACGUUCCCAGGGAUCUGAAACUGCCUGGAUACGUUCCCAUCACCAUGUCAAUGUCAAGUAUCCUCGCAGUCUACCUCGGUGCUUCCCUCUUUGUCGUCACUUUCGUCUGGUUUCUACUCGGGAGGAAGAAAGCGCAUCUUGACAGAUUGCUAAUGUGCUGGUGGGCUUUCACGGGUCUCACUCACAUGCUUCUUGAGGGCUAUUUCGUUUUCUCCCCUGAGUUUUUCAAGGACAACACUUCUUGUUAUCUCGCUGAAGUUUGGAAAGAAUACAGCAAAGGUGAUUCGAGAUACGCAGGCAGAGAUUCUGCAGUUAUAGCUGUUGAAGGCAUCACUGCUGUUAUUGAAGGCCCUGCUUGUCUUCUUGCUGUAUAUGCUAUUGCUAAGGGGAAGUCGUACAGCUACGUGCUUCAGCUUGCGAUCUCCCUAGGCCAGCUCUACGGAUGUCUUGUCUAUUUCAUUACUGCUUUCUUGGAAGGAGACAACUUUGCAACAAACUCCUUCUACUACUACUCCUACUACGUUGGGGCUAAUGGAUGGUGGGUUUUGAUACCUUUGCUCAUUUCUUACCGUUGCUGGAACAAGAUUUGUGAAAGUGCCAGUGGUGUGGAGACAAAGAUUAAGAAGAAAAUCCGUUAGAAAAUGCAAACUCUUUACAAGAUUCUAGUCUAUGGUCUCUUUUGUGGCUUGGAUGUUUUUGCUUGUUUUCUGCCAAGGUUUUUCUUUUAGCAGAGUUUGUUUUCUGCAAUGAGUUGUUUCCUCAUUACUUGAUAACAUCAUUAGACUGUUGUUCACCUUUGGCAAUUGAAUUUGGUUUCAUGUUUA